AGAUCAACGAGUGUGCUGAACCGGGCGGAUGUCCAGAGAACGCAAUUUGUGUUGACCUAAUAGGAAGAUGUCAAUAUACAUGCAAGAACGGCUUUGAAGGAGUGACAUGUUCUGGUAAGCAAUUAUUGAUCUUUGAAAUAGCUAAGGGGUUAGAAAGUAUUCCCACAGUGCAUGUGCUCUCCUUAAUAAAUACAUCGGAUUUCUAAUAGACUACAGCCUAGAUUUAACUUAUUUUUCAACAUAACAACAGGUAAUCAGAAUAUCGAUAUAAUUUAAAUUAACUCUAAUUGGUUGAUGUUUUAAAACUAUUAAGUAGGCAGCUAGUUUAACUUCAAGUCCGGAACGAACAAAUCAUGGUGUAAACAACGAGAAAGCUUCUCUAAAUUACUUAUUGGGUACGGGCAGUUGCGAGUAUAUUAAUAUUGCAUUUGAGAUUUACUGGUAUAAUAUUGCAUGCGAGAUAUACUGGUAUAAUAUUGCAUGCGAGAUUUGCCACCUGUUUUGAAACAUUCAUAAAAUAUAAAACUAGUGGUAUAUUUAGCCUGUUAAUUUAUUGAAUAACAGUUAAUUUUUUUAAAGUUUUUAAAACCUAAGACGAUAAUUUUGUUUGCAGACAUCAACGAGUGCCAGACAACACCCGGGGUUUGCGACGCAAAUUUGGAAUGUCGAAAUCUCUAUGGAAAUUAUUCUUGUUUCUGUCCAUUUGGUCAGUGGCUUAUCAAUGAUAACUGUGCAG